AGUAUCCUACAAUCAAAAAUCCUGAAAUUAGAGCAGAUUCCAGAGCGCUCCGCUCUAAAAUCUUUGAAAUAGAGGAGUCUCGGACUACAAUGUCGUCCAGCUUUUCUGCUAAUCAGUAUGAUGGAGCCUACAAGGCGCAGAAAUUGCAGAACUGGACUGUUCCAAAACACUUCAAAGAGAGACCCUCUGCAGCUGAUGGACACACCACCUUUAUAACCAACGACCAUGGCCACCUACUUCCCGGAAUGAAAGCUAAGAAUGGAAGUGCCUGGACAUCAUUUGUGGGCACAUGGGAUUUGCCAAACCGUAUCCCUCCGACCUACAUUAACCCCACUGCACGUUCACACGAGGGGCAGGAGCGUCUGAAGAACUGGAAUAACCGCAAGGGCACCACCAAAAAGGCCUCAAGCCCACGGUCGGAAGCAGAUGCCCAAAACACUGGCCGGGCCUCCAAAACCCAAGAGGAGCUCACGACUGACCCACCAGUGAAUCAGGAGCAAUCGUUAGAGCCAGCACCAGAACACCACGCCUCCCCCACUACUUGUGGCCUGCCGGACUCUGCGAGGACUCCAGAACCAUACAGGCCUACCUCCCAGCAAAGCCCAGUGCCUUCCCAGAAGAGCGCAGCCAAUAGCAGACCAGCUUCUCAGAAUUGCCAUUGCGAUGGUCAGCCAAAUUUAUCCAAUGAGUGACCAGCAACUCAACAGAGUUCAGACUCACCUGAAGAGCUCAGGCGCACAGACUGAGCAGUGAUAUCACAGGCACACCCAGGAUUCUUUAUUUUCUCUCUUCUUUUUAUUAUCAAAAUCUGCCUCUCUUGUAUUUGUAUGUAUUGAAACAUAACUCAUAGUAAAGAAAGAUGACUGAAAUGUU